AUGGACUCUAAAAUUAUUUUAUUUUUUAUAUUUUGUAUUACCGUAUUUAUAUUACCGCAUUCAAAUCAAAAACUAAUUGAAAAAUAUAAAGAAAUCGAUUUAAGUCGGAGUAAAAAUGUAUCCUAUAGACAUGAAAGAUUUUUUCCAUUUUAUAGUGUUGUACGCUUUGAGAAUUCCGUUUGUACGGGAACAUGCUUAUUAACUGGAACAUGCUAUACAAGAAAGGAAUGUAAAACUUAUGGUGGAAGACCGUCUGGAACAUGUGCCAAAGGGCUAGGCGUUUGUUGCAUUGUACAAAAAUCUUGUGGUGGUUCCUCACAUGUCAAUAAUACAUAUUUUCAAAAUCCAGGAUUUCCAAAUCCGUACACUGGAUCGUCACGGUGUACUGUCACAAUAACAAGAUGUGACCCCAGUAUUUGUCAGCUACGAUUAGAUUUCCUUAGUUUAGAUCUAGCUCAACCAAAUAUCGAGGGUGUUUGUGACACAGAAUCUCUUGUUGUAACUGGUGGUGCAUCUAGAGUCCCAGUUAUUUGUGGUGAAAAUUCAGGUCAACAUGUUUAUGUCGACUUUGAUGGUAAUGAGCCAAUACAAUUGACCAUUCGUACAAAUGCAAGUGUCAAUACAAUGGCUCGCUCGUGGAAUAUAAAAGCUACACAAAUUGCAUGUGAUUGCCCAACAAAAGCUCCGUCUGGAUGUUUAAUGUAUUAUACAGAAGCCAGUGGCACUGUAAAAAGUUUCAAUUAUGGGCAAAGUACUGGUGUCACUAGACAAUUGGCGAAUAAUAAUUAUGGAGUGUGUAUUGAAAUGGCGCCAAAUAAUUGCGGUAUUCAGUGGACAGCAACACAAAUGUCAUUUUUUGUAUCAGGUGGUGACAUUACACUAGGUCCAAGUAUUGGCACCGACUUGUGUAAUUCUGACUAUGUAAUCAUACCAAAUGCAAUGAUACAAGCUAAUGAUGUCGUGGUCGCUGGUGACAGAAUAUGUGGUAGCGGUCCAUUUACUGCGAUUUCCAAUUCGAAACCAUUUGCUUUAUAUGUGAUAACAAAUGACGAAGAACAGCAGAGUGGUGAUAUGUCAAACCUGGGAUUUAGUUUAGAUUACACACAAAUUCCAUGUUCGGAUUAAAUGAUGCUAAUCCUUACGUCUAUGAAUUUCAAAAUGUGCAAAGGUCUAAAAAAUCAAAUCAUCUCAUAGAAGAUAAAAGUGAAGUGAUGCUGCUAUAUA